AUGGCGCGGUUGAAGCGCAGAAAGGAAGAUGAGGAUGCCGCGAAUGGACCCGGAGAGGCCGAAGACCGUCCCGAGUUGACCCCCUCGAAACGCCGACGCACCUCCAAAGCCGCUACCGAUACUACUGCGAAUGCUAAUGGGGGGGAGAAGCCUACGACUAAUGGGAUCGAGAUGACGCCGAGAAAACGAGGACGGCCGAGGAAAGAUGCAUCGCAAACCCCGGGGAGCGCGGCAGGUACGCCGGCCAAGUCGCCCAGAAAGGGGGGCCUGUUCCAGACACCCGUCAAGACCAAUGGAUUCAAUGGGCAUGGGACGCAUAGCCGACGCACUGGCGGCGCCGACCGCUCUGCGCGGAGAAAGAGUGCCAGAGCUCUGAUCGACCGCGUCGUGGCAGGCGACAUCAGCGACGAGGAGGCGGGCGAUGAGGGUGUGGCCCGGGAGAUCUACGAAUCCAGCGACGACGAAGAGGAGGACGAUCUCGACGAUGCAGAGCAGGUACUCCAGGCGGAAAUCCAAGUAGGUGCUGAAGCGCCAACACCGUCGAAACGACCACGAGGCCGGCCGAAGGGGUCUAAAAACAGGCCGAGAACACCAACACCGCCCCCGCAAGAUCUUCCGGCGCACGAGCUCUACUUCUUCCAGAACAAGCCAGGGUUGGCCAAGACAUCGGCGAACAACCUGUCGUCUUUGAACCUGCUGUCACACGAUGAAUACUUCUCCAUCCUCCGAGACAAAAAGGUCACGGAACACCACCGUGAAGAUGUCGAGUUCCUACAGUCCCUCCAUGCGCAAUCCUUCCCACAAUGGGAAUUCGAGCUGGAUCAGGGCUUCUCGGUCUGUCUAUACGGCUACGGCUCCAAGCGGCCUCUGCUGCACCGCUUCGCCUCGCAUCUGUUCGACAGGAUACACGACCAAGGCGCCGCGAAGCAGCACAAAAUCGUCAUCAUAAACGGCUACGUCCGCACGAUCUCCAUCCGCGAGAUCCUCACCAUCCUCGCCCGCGCGGUAGACCCGGCCCACCGACUGCCCACCUCCAACCCCGUCACCAUGCUCCAGAACCUCCUCUCCCUGCUCUCCUCGGCCGGCGAAGACGGCGGCAGCAGCAGCACCACCACCACCAAGAAGCUCACCCUGGUCCUCAACUCCCUCGACGCCGCGCCCCUGCGCAAGGCCGCCGCCCAGUCCGUCCUCGCCCAGCUCGCCGCCCACCCGCGCAUCCGCCUCGUCUGCUCCGCCGACACGCCCGACUUCCCGCUGCUCUGGGACUCGUCCCUGCGCUCGGCGCUCGGCCUCGCCUUCCACGACUGCACCACCUUCGCUCCCUUCGGCGCCGAGCUCGACGUCGUCGACGACGUGCACGAGCUGCUCGGCCGCAACACGCGGCGCGUCGGCGGCAAGGACGGCGUCGCCUUCGUGCUGCGCAGCCUGCCCGAGAACGCCAAGAACCUGUUCCGCCUGCUCGUCGGCGAGGUGCUCGUCGCCAUGGACGAGGGCGGGGACGCCGGCGGCGGUAUGUUCGGCGGCGGCGGCGGCGGUGAGGGCCCCGGCGUUGAGUACAGGAUGCUGUACAACAAGGCUGUGGAGGAGUUCAUCUGUAGCUCUGAGAUGGCGUUUAGGACGCUGCUGAAGGAGUGA